AUGCAGAAUCGUUUUGCUCAAUUUGGAUAAUAAUCAAUUAUUCCACUUAAAGCAACUGGUAAGUUUGGAGAUUAGUUUUUUGAUCUUCCUUAAGUUAAACCUUUUUCUCUUAAAUUAUUAAAAGCAAAAGGACGACCCAACUAAAUUCUAUAAAGAAAAAUAGAUGAUAUUAUUCCUAAAGAAAUACAAAUGGAUAAACCAUUUUUUGAAGUUAUAAAUCCACCAAAUCAUAAUUAUAUGAGAAUGAUUAAUUCUGAAGAAUUGAGACCAUAAAUAUCAUAUUAUUAUCAUGCCCCAAAUAACUAGCAAAAUGAAUAAGUCACAGUAGAUUAAGAUAAUGCUGAUUUAGUUGAAAGAGCAAUUAAAAAUUAACAUGCUGAUAUAAGGAAAUUACAAGCAUUAUAAUAAAGGAUAAUUUUAAGAGAGAGAUUAUAAAAAGAGAUAAAACAAGAAAUGUAAUUGAAAUAACAAAAAAUAGAAUAAUAGAUGGAAGAAAUAUAAGAUUCCAAAUAAAACUCAAAUUUUAUUCUGUGUAGGAAUUUGAACUCAAUUAAACCUCAAAAAUAUGAUUCAGCUAUUUAACAAUCUAAAAGUCAAAUUACUAUGUAAUCCUAGUUUAAGGAUAUUUAAGAUAGCUUAUUAGAACUUUAAAGAAUCUAAGAAUUAAAUAAACAAAAAGAAUAAAUUAUUAAAUAGGAAUAAGAGGAAUCAUUUAAAAAGAAAAUAGAUUCAGUAUAAAGGUACACUUAGAAAAAUUGGAAAUGUUCUUCCCAAGAAUUAAGAGCUUUAAUCAAAAAAGAUAAAUAAAAGAAAUAAAUUUAAUGA